AUGAUGAAAGCCAGUAACGUCUGCUUUCUAAAGAAGUUUCCAGUCUCAAUGGAAAGAGUCCAGAUCUCACAGCCGGAUCCACAGACGCCUUCUGGAGCUUUGAUUCAUGUGCCACGUUACUUGGGAAACCUGCCGUUCAGAGUCUGGCAGAAGAUGCAGGACAUUGUCCAAAACACUCCUGUGAUUCUGGAUCCAAACACGGCUCAUCCAGAUCUCAUCCUGUCUGAUGAUCUGACCAGUGUGAGAUGGAGAGAGAAGAUUCAACCACUUCUUGAUAACCCAGAAAGGAACACACUGCUGGGAUGUGGUGGUUAAAAGAAGUUCACACUGGAGUGUUGGAGUAACUACAGCAUCAAAUCAGAGGAAGGGGGAUGAAUUCUUUAGCACUGAUGUCUGGAGUGUGCGAUAUGAUAAGUAUGGACUGUCAGAAAAGUUUGGUUUUCCUGUUAAACGUGAGCUUGAAAGGGUGAGAGUGUAUCUGGACUAUGACAGAGGAAUGGUAUUAUUCACUGAUCCCGUAAAUAACACACAUCUACACACAUUCACAACCACAUUCACUGACACUGUCUUGCCAUUGUUUCGUAAUCUUGAUGAAACAACCUAUCUGAAGAUUUUACCAGUUUCACUCUAACAGUGAAAAUCACUGUUGAAUCUGAUCCUGCUUCUGAAUCAAUUAAUAUUUUUAUAUAAAUAUAAGACAUUUACACAGGGGUGUAUAUAUAUAUAUAUAUAUAUAUAUAUACUUUUUUUUUGCAAGUAUCAUUUGUUCUGAAGCAAUAUUGUGACACAAAUCAUGUUUUUUUUCUUAAUUUAAGGCCUUUUUUCACCUUUAUAGAAGGCAUUUUCCCUCUAACUUCAUUAUCAGUAUAGUUCUGGCGGCCAUGACUUUCCUAAGCACCUGAUGUCCAUACCGCCGAAAUUAUCUCGUCUGCACUGCGACUCGCUCUUUAAGAAGAAGCUACACAGAAGAAGACGAGGAAAGCGCGGCGGAAGGUUAGCGAGAAAGGCGAGGAAUAUACGCCAAAUACGGGGUGGUGUAGCAACACUUUUUAAGGACAGAUUUUAAUGUAGUCCUCUUUCAGUGGAGAAAUACAGAGUUUUGAACUGCAGCUGUUUAAACUGGCACUAAUUUGUCAGCCUCCUAAAUAUGACAAGGAUUUCAUUUAGGACUUUUCAGAUUUUCUUUUUUUUAUUGUGUCGACCACUGACAAUCUCCUAAUUAUCGGGGACUUUAACAUCCAUGUAUGUUACCCAUCGAAACCAUUAGUAAAGCAGUUUGUUGAUCUUGUGGACUCUUUUAACCUAACUCAGUCUGUAUGUGAUGCUACCCAUAAACAUGGUCAUACACUUGAUUUAGUUUUAUCUAUGGGUCUGUCCAUUAGUAAUGUGAGCAUAGUGGACAGCUGUAUAUCAGACCAUAGCUCUGUUAUGUUUAAUAUUGGUUUGCCAGCUGCUAUCUCAAAGAAUGAAUCUGCUGACUGUUAUGUCCGUCCUGUAAAUGAGAUUACAGCACAGCAUUUUGCGGAGGCUUAUAAGGCAAGCCCAGGGCUUGCUAUCAUUGAGGCUUCUGGAUCCCCUCUAGAUAUAGAGGAAUUAACUGUUGUUUUUAAUUCUGUAUGCUUGGACAUUAUGAAUGAUGUUGCCCCACUCAGACUUAAAAGGGCUAAAUCUAAGUUUCAGCCAUGGUUUAAUGAUGAAACUCAUGCUCUCAGACGGGCCUGUAGGAAAGCUGAACGCAGAUGGAGAAAAGACAGAUUACAGAUUUCUUAUGAGAUGCUAAAAGCAUUUACCCGUGUGCAGUCAAAGAGGCAAGAACAAAAUAUUUUUCAGACUUAAUUAAUAGAACUGCCUAUUGUCCAAAAGCUUUGUUUGGCACAAUAAACUCUGUGCUAAACCCAGUUAUAACAUAUUUUUCAGAUUCCAUUUCUCUUACUUCUGAGGAUUUCUUGAACUUUUUUGUGAGAAACAUUGACAAUAUUAGAAAAGAGAUUGUCCCCUCUGAUGUUGUUCUCGAAUCUCCUGCAUUACGUUCUUGUACAUUUGACUGUUUUGAUAAGGUCUCCCUUCCAGCCCUAGCAGACUUAGUUAAGCACAUGAAAUCAUCUUCUUCUCUACUUUAUCCUGUUCCUCCACAGUUUUUAAAAAGAUUUGUUUGACACUAUGGGCACUAGUAUACUUGCUAUUGUGAAUAGUUCCUUAACCCAGGAUUGUGUUCCAUCUUCUUUUAAACAAGCCGUGGUUUCUGCUCUAAUUAAAAAAACCUGGCCUUGGGGCUACAGAGUUGAACAAUUUCCGUCCCAUCUCUAAACUUCCAUUUUUAUCUAAAGUUUUAGAAAAGGUAGUUUUGACUCAAAUUACCCCUUUUUUGUGGCAGAAUGAUCUCCUGGACAAAUUUCAAUCUGGUUUCAGAGCGGGUCAUUGUGCUGAGACCGCUCUGCUAAAAGUGUUAAAUGAUUUAUUGAUAGAGGUUGAUUCUGGCAUGGCGGUAGUUUUAAUUAUGUUAGAUCUCAGUGCCGCAUUUGACACUGUAGAUCAUUCGAUUCUUUUAAAACGGUUGGAGUGUGAGGUCAGGUUCGGGGGAACUGCCUUGAAAUGGUUUCAGUCCUUUAUUAAGGAUAGAACAUUUUUUGUUAAUUUGGCAAAUGUUUCAUCCUCGGUGGUUCCCUUAAAAUAUGGCCUUCCUCAGGGCUCUAUCUUGAGCCCUAUACUUUUUUUCUCUAUAUAUGUGCCCGUUGGGGUCUAUUUACCGUCGCCACAACAUUUCUUAUCACACGUAUGCAGAUGACACCCAAAUUUAUCUUCCGCUUAAGGUUGGAAAUGAGCAGUCUUUACAGUCGCUGUUGCAAUGUCUUGAUGAGGUUAAAGGUUGGCUCUCUAAUAAUUUUCUUCAGCUCAUAAUCAUAAUAAAGAUCAUAAUAUUAGGUUCUUCUAAGGCUAAAGAGAAGAUAGCCAAUGCUCUUGCCCCCUUAAAAAUGACAGUGAAAGACAGAGUGAGAAAUCUUGGUGUCAUAAUAGAUUCAUUUCUCAGUUUUGAUAAACAGAUAAAUUCAGUUGUGAGAAGUAAUUUUUAUCAGCAUAGGAUUAUCUUGUGAAAGAAAAACUCAUUUUACUCAUAUGUGCUUAUGGAAUAUUGUGUAAGGUUCUGCUUUAUUUAAACCUGCUAUAAGAAUGACAUAAGAGAAGGGUAUCAGGGCCCUAAAUAUAAAGAUUUGAAUCUUGGGAGUAUGACGUAGCAGAAUGUAUUUGUCUCUUUCUAUGUGUGGAAAUUACCAGUUAGGAGAUGUAACCUUGAAGGGUAGAGAAGAGAUAUAAAUUGGAGUGAGCCCUCCCUUCUUGGACGCAUUCUGCAGCAACCUGUGUUUCUGUAUGACUGUCUGACCUUCUUUGCAAAGAAUAAAUUAUAAAAGACAUUUGACCGAGUUUGUCUCUUACUUUGGUGAGAGUCGGUUUUAUUUUGCCACAACAAUUUGGUGUCAGAAGUGGGAUUCCUUGGAUGUGCCUUCUGGACCCGAGAGCGGACGGUGACCAUACAUCCUGGACUUAGAAGUCACAGCCCUACCCCGACUAGAUUAAGAGACCGACCACCAGGGCCCAGGAGGGACACCACUGGAAUCAGUAAACGAACCCAGGUGGCAUCAGAACUCUCCGGUAAGAGACAGAUACCUUUGACUGAGUUUGUCUCUUACUAUGGUAAGAGUCUGUUUUAUUUUGCCACAACAAUCUCUAAACUAAAACCUUUUCUGAGUUUUAAAGAUCUGGAAAUUGUUAUUCAUGCUUUUAUUUCCUCGCGACUGGACUACUGUAACUCACUUUAUGUAGGGAUCUGUCAACGGCAACUAUCUCGAUAGUUGAUGCCGCAGCUAGGCGUCUGACCAGCACAAAAAAAGGGAACACAUUACUCCAGUGUUAUCGUAUCUCCACUGGCUACCAGUCAGGUAUAGGAUUGAUUUUAAGAUUUUAUUAUUGAUUUUGAAAGCUUUACACAACUUGGCCCCAAAUUAUAUUAGCGAUCUCUUAGGGUCUUACACAGCAGCUAGGUCACUUAGAUCAGGAAAUCAAUCGCUGCUAAGUGUUCCUCAGUCCAAUAAGAAGUCAGAAGGUGACCGCGCCUUUUCAGUAGAAGGUCCACAAUUCUGGCAGGCUUCAUCUAUAGGGGUUUUUAGGUCUUAGUUAAAGACACAUUUUUUUUAGUCUGGCCUUUGAAAUAGGGAGAGUUUGAUUCUUGGGAACCUUUUACAAAUGUUGUUUUACCUGUAUGUAAGUUUGUGUGUGUAUUUUUAUUUUAUUUUAAUUUGUGAAGCACUAUAUUGCAAUAAUAUGAAUAUCCACUAUUCGCCACUUACUCUAAAUCAGUGGUGUUGUGGUGCCUGGAGAAGUGGGUAUACCAUACGCCCCACUUCUCGGAGGCUUAUGGGGACAGGACCCACCCACUUUUGAAGACCAACGAUAUCGGACCCACCCACUUUUACCGUCUCUAAUUUGGCGAAUAUGUCUGCGCACUUUUAGAGCGCCAUCAGUCAAAUCCAUUCGACAUGACGAAUGCGCUAAUAGAUGAAGCUCUAUGGUCAUGCAUAUGAACAGGCAGCAUCUGGGGUGGAGGAGUGGACGGAGCGGGCGCGGGCGCAUCAGGCGCAUCAGGCGCAAUCAUCAAACAUAUUUCACAGGAAGCGGACGCCACGGUCCUGACCGCAUCGCUGUCUUUACUGGGUGUGUUUAGGGAAUAUGCGCGCCUGCUUGCACUUCUGUAACACAGUAACAGGCGGACGCGAACUCGCGUCGUUCGCGUCAAAAUAAUACUAGAUAUUCGCUUAACCGCUUACACCACUGGACACGUGGUCAACCACCCGUCUUUUCUGAUGUUGUGACGUUAGUGGAUAGAGGUAAUAUACAUAAUAAAAGCCACCAGACUACAGAAAAUGGCAUAUACUCCAGUAAUUUUUGGGGGGGGGAGACUUACUCUUUACGUGUUACGGUGCUGCUGCUGAUUUCUGCUGCUUUUGUUAUUGCUGCUUCAAGUGAUAAUUAGAUAAUAGUGAGAUUUUGUAUGAUACAAAUAGAAAAAAGCUCCAAGCAAUAACAUUACUAUCAGAUGAAAAUGUCAGUAACACAAGAACAUUACCUGACAUGCCUAUACAUACCAUCAUAUUAUUUGUUGCAUUGCCUUUUGUGCUGUACAUAAAUAUCAGAAUGGACAAAAGCUUAAUAUUCUUAAUGCAAUAGUGCUUUAUAAGACAGAGAUUGUUUCAAAGCAGUUUAGUGGGAAUUUACCUGUUGCAGAAGCAUAUUUGUUCCUGUUGGAUAGUUGGAUAGUCAGGUCAUGCUUGUUC